CGGGAGCCGGGCCCGGUCUGGUCCCGGAAGUCGGGCGGCGCGGCUUCGCGGCACGCGUGUGAGGCGCGGCGAUGAAGUUCUCGUACCGGUUUUCAAACUUGCUGGGCACAGUUUACCGGCGUGGAAACCUGAACUUCACGCGGGAUGGCAAUUCGGUCCUCAGCCCUGUGGGGAACAGGGUCACCGUGUUUGACCUUAAGAACAACAAGUCUGAAACGCUGCCCCUGGCCACUCGGUACAACGUCAAGUGCGUGGGGCUGUCCCCGGACGGCCGCCUUGCCAUCAUCGUCGACGAAGGGGGCGACGCGCUGCUGGUCAGCCUGGUCUGCAGGUCCGUGCUGCACCGCUUCCACUUCAAGGGCUCCGUGCACAGCGUCUGCUUCUCCCCCGACGGCAGGAAGUUUGUCGUCACAAAGGGCAACAUAGCUCAGAUGUACCACGCCCCCGGGAGGAAGCGAGAGUUCAACGCGUUCGUCCUGGACAAGACCUACUUCGGGCCCUAUGACGAGACCACGUGCAUCGACUGGACUGACGACUCCAAGUGCUUCGUGGUUGGGAGCAGAGACAUGUCCACCUGGGUGUUCGGAGCCGAGCGCUGGGACAACCUCAUCUACUACGCCCUCGGGGGACACAAGGACGCCAUCGUGGCCUGCUUCUUCGAGUCCAACAGCCUGGAUCUGUACUCGCUCAGCCAGGACGGCGCGCUGUGCGUGUGGCACUGUGACACCCCACCCGAGGGCCUGCGGCUGAAGGCCCCUGCGGGCUGGAAGGCAGAGCUGCUGCAGCGGGAGGCAGAGGCAGCCGAGGAGGAGGAGGGGGACGAGGGGGACGAGGGGGCGCGGGAGACCACCGUCCGCGGGAAAGCCGCGCCGCCGGAGGAGGAGCGGAAAGGAAAAGUGAAGUACUCGCGGCUGGCCAAGUACUUCUUCAAUAAAGAGGGCGAUUUUAACAACCUGACAGCUGCGGCGUAUCACAAGAAGAUCCACCUCUUGGUCACUGGCUUUGCUUCUGGAAUCUUCCAUCUUCAUGAGCUCCCGGAGUUCAACCUCAUCCACUCCCUGAGCAUCUCAGAUCAGAGGAUCGCCUCGGUGGCCAUCAACAGCACUGGGGACUGGAUUGCCUUUGGCUGCUCAGGCCUGGGCCAGCUGCUGGUGUGGGAGUGGCAGAGCGAGUCCUACGUGCUGAAGCAGCAGGGCCACUUCAACAGCAUGGUGUCCCUGGCCUACUCCCCCGAUGGCCAGUACAUCGUCACCGGCGGGGACGACGGCAAGGUCAAGGUGUGGAACACCCUCAGUGGCUUCUGCUUUGUCACUUUCACGGAGCACUCGAGUGGAGUCACAGGCGUGACCUUCACUGCCACCGGCUACGUCAUCGUGACCUCGUCCAUGGACGGCACCGUACGUGCCUUUGACCUGCACAGGUACCGCAACUUCCGCACGUUCACGUCUCCGCGCCCCACGCAGUUCUCCUGUGUGGCUGUGGACUCGAGUGGGGAGAUCGUCUGUGCGGGGGCCCAGGACUCCUUCGAGAUCUUCGUGUGGUCCAUGCAGACGGGCAGGCUCCUGGACGUUUUGUCUGGCCAUGAGGGGCCCAUCAGUGGCCUGUGUUUUAACCCAAUGAAGUCCAUCCUGGCCAGCGCCUCCUGGGACAAGACGGUGCGCCUGUGGGACAUGUAUGACAGCUGGAGGACCAAGGAGACGCUGGCGCUGACCUCUGAUGCUCUGGCUGUGACUUUCCGCCCUGAUGGUGCGGAGCUGGCUGUGGCCACGCUGAACGCGCAGAUCACCUUCUGGGACCCUGAGAAUGCCGUGCAGACGGGCUCCAUCGAGGGCAGGCACGACCUCAAGACGGGCAGGAAGGAGCUGGACAAGAUCACAGCCAAGCACUCGGCCAAGGGCAAGGCCUUCACCACGCUGUGCUACUCUGCCGACGGCCAGAGCAUCCUGGCGGGGGGCAUGUCCAAGUUCGUGUGCAUCUACCACGUGCGAGAGCAGAUUCUCAGGAAGAAGUUUGAGAUCUCCAGCAACCUCUCCCUGGACGCCAUGGAGGAAUUUCUGAACCGGAGGAAGAUGACAGAGUUUGGCAACCUGGCACUGAUCGAUCAGGAUGCCGGCGAGGACGGCGUGGCCGUGCCGCUGCCAGGCGUGAAGAAAGGGGACAUGAGCUCUCGGCACUUCAAGCCUGAGAUCAGGGUGACUUCGCUGCGCUUCUCUCCUACUGGGCGCUGCUGGGCGGCCACCACCACCGAGGGGCUCCUCCUCUACUCCCUGGACUCCCAGAUGCUCUUUGACCCCUUUGAGCUGGACACGAGCGUCACCCCCAAGCGGAUCCGCGAGGCCCUGCGCCGGCGAGAGUUCACCCAAGCCAUCCUCAUGGCCUUCCGGCUCAACGAGCAGACGCUGGUGCAGGAGGCCCUGGAGGCGGUGCCCUGGGAUGAGAUUGAGGUCGUCAGCGCCUCCCUCCCUGAGCUCUACGUGGAGAAGGUGCUGCGGUUCCUGGCGGCGUCCUUUGAAGCGUCCCGCCACCUCGAGUUCUACCUCACGUGGGCGCAGAGGCUGCUCCUGCUGCACGGGCACAAGCUGAAGUCCAGGGCCGGGGCGUUGCUGCCCGCCGUGCAGUUCCUGCAGAGGAGCAUCCAGCGCCACCUGGACGACCUCUCCAGGCUCUGUGACUGGAACCGCUACAACAUUCAGUACACUCUGGCAGUCUCCAAGCAGCGGGGCCUGAAACACAGCCUGGAAGAAGCAGCUUCCGAGGGGGAGGGGGAGGGGGAGGAGGAGCUGCACCUGCUGGGGGCUGGGCUGGGGCUGUAGAGGGCCUUGGACAGGCGGCCCCACGGGGAGCACCCUGGGAGGGGCCGCUGGCUCGCCUCUCUGGACUCGGGUUUUUUUUAUCUGUGGAGUUAUUUAUAUUUUUAACAAAGUGUCAAUGAACUCUGGGUUCUAGGGUUCUUCAGAGGGUACAGAGCGG